AUGUCAGAGACUGGAACAUAAAAAUAAUUGUCUCAAAGCUUGCUUAAUUUUCUGCAAGCCGUCAGGAGGUUUGCAAGGUUUCCUGUUGGGUUUGCCGCCUACGGGCCGAAGGGAAGCUGGUGCAGACUUUUGGCAGACCAACAGGAUGUCUGGAAGUUUGCGCGCUGCUGCCUGCGUGGUGCACAUGCCAACCAAGGGUACCCCGGAUUCAUCGUGGCAUGAUGACUUUGCUAAAUCAAAGCAACAGGGGCAGGAAAAUCUCACCCAGCAACUGCGUCAAACGAUGAUUGGCCGAGCCAAGACCACCUGUGUGCUGACUGAUCGAACUACAAGCCGACAGGGACUAUAAACUAGUGCCAUGCCAGACUACAAUGGGGACCCUCAACACCGUCGCUUGAGAACUACGGGACGCCUUUGAACUUCAAGGACCGUCGAGACGCCAGCGGGCCUGUGGUGCAGGAGGCCAGGGACUGCCUUGGGCCACUCACAGCCGGCUCAGCAACAGACAAAACUGACCCAUUGCACCCCAAAACUGGACAAAGCAGGAUGUCUGACAAUAUAUCAAGUGAAUGAGCACCUUCGUACUGCAGUGUCACAGAUGAGGUUGGGGAGAGCAGAGGAGAAGUCCCCUAGGGAAGCUGAGGUUUGAUUGUGAACUGCUGCAAACGGACACCAAAGGGGAGGGAAACGAAGGGCGAACAAGGGAGAUGAAGAAGAAAAGACUAAGAAUACUAAGAGCCAUCUCCUCCACCAUGUCAUUCUCUGAAGCAGAGGUGCAAAGUGCCCGUGGCGCCUGGGAGAAGAUAUAUGUGGAUGCUGAGGACAACGGGACGACUGUGCUGGUCAGGAUGUUUACUGAGCACCCAGACACCAAGUCCUACUUUGCACACUUCAAAGGCAUGGACUCUGCUGAAGAGAUGAAACAGUCGGAUCAGGUCAGGGGCCACGGCAAGAAGGUUUUCACCGCCAUCAACGACAUGGUGCAACACCUGGACAACUCUGAGGCUUUUCUUGGCAUAGUGAACCCGCUUGGCAAGAAACAUGCCACCCAGCUGAAGAUUGACCCCAAAAAUUUUAGGAUUAUCUGUGACAUUAUCUUGCAACUGAUGGAGGAGAAAUUUGGUGGAGACUGCAAAGCUUCCUUUGAGAAGGUGACAAAUGAAAUCUGUACUCACCUGAACAAUGUCUACAAAGAGGCGGGCUGGUGAGGAUGUGCAACAUCCAGGCUCUUCAUACAUCUCGCCAGCACUGAUUUGCUGCUUUUGGGCCUCCAGCCACAGUUGGAAGAAUGAAAAACUAAAAAAAAAAAGGCAAGAAAAAGGCUUAUAUAAUGUAGAUAUCAAUGUCAAUAAUUUCCUUAGCAAACUGAGUUUCUACGGUUAAAUAAAACCUGCAAAUACAUCAAAGUCAACCAACAAAUCCUGAUGUGCUUUGCAGCUUCGGUGCUCCAGGUGGGUUCCUCUGGCCACCGGCCUUGAAGACUGCAUUUUAAGAUGAUGACUUUGAGCUUGCUGUUCCUGAGAGAAAGACUUGUUCCUUCCAGCAGCACCAGCCCAGAGAGGUACCAGCAGCAAUUUAUCUCAGUUACCACCUCUCCAUCCUCAUGAACGACGACCAGGAGACCGUUUUUAAGCAUCUGCAGGGACUUUGCAGCGGUCAUUAUUUAAGAGGUGUGGGUGUUAUUUCAUGUUUGAAUAAAAACAAUGGGGAAAGUGAUUUAUGGGAAAGACUAAUGUCUGAGAAAGACACGGGGAAAGUCCCAUCCUGCACGAGCCAGCGGAGUUCCUCAACCUGGGGAGAGGUUUCUUGGAGCAACUUUCAGCACAAGGGAUGUCAGUGCUGAAUGUGGUCACCACUGGGUCCCUCUGGGCAGGGAUGAACUUCUCCAGCGCGUGGAUUUCACGGUGUUACUCCCAGCAAAUUUCUCUGGCCACAUUCCCAGGAGAGGGCAUCAGUAGGGAGCUCACUAGCUCCUGCGCUGCUCAUCCAGCUGAGGCAGGCUGCUGCCCCAAGGAGCGGGUUUUCUACGGCGCUGCCCUCAUCCUGUCCUGUCGCACGGCCUGAGCCUCCCUUCAGUGGUAACCGAGUCCCAAACUAUUUAAUUGCUUUUCCUUGUAUUCCUUAGAUGUGGUGAAAUCAUCAGCUAAUAAUUGCAAAU